AUGUCACAACAACCAAUUGACCAAACUUCUUUUUUCUCUAAAGAAAUGGAAGAACCAGAAAAUCAAAAAUGUUUUGAUUGUGGUAAAAAUAACCCCACCUGGUGUUCUUUAAAUAAUGGAGUUUAUUUGUGUAUGAAUUGUGCUGGUAUUCAUAGGUCAUAUGGCGUUCAUAUUUCAUUUGUCAGAUCACUAACAUUAGACAAUUUUAAACCACAACAAUUAGUAAUGAUGAAACUUGGAGGAAAUAAAAGAGCAAAAGAAUAUUUUGAGGUUCAUCCUUUUGAUCCACCAACAUAUUGUGUUAAAUAUGAUUGUGAAAGUGCUGAUACAUAUAGAAGAAUUCUUAAACGAAAGACUUGUGAAGAAACUGGAGAAGAAUAUAUAGAACCACCACCUUGGAGACCAACAAGAAGAAUGGAAAUAAAUAAUAACCGUCCCAUUGUUGGAGGUGGAACUGCAAUCAACCCAGAUGAAAUUCAAUCAAGAAGGUCAAGUUCUUGUUGUUCUUGUUGUGUUAUUUUCUAA